GCAGUGUGACGAGAACGCGUGAGCGGCCAACACGUAAGCAACGCGUUGUGCGGUGCGCUAAAGCUGAAAUCAGUUUAAAAAUACACAAGCAACAGCAGCAACAGCAGCAGCAACUCAAGUGUGAAUUGUAAUUAUUGAGGUUAUGUAAGCGGCAAAAACGAACUACGCAAGUAGUAUAACAAAAAGCGCAAAAGCAAAACGACGUCGUCGCUUCCAAACGCUGCCAAAACACGUUCCAAGUUCGAUUUCGACAACAAUUCCAGGCACGUGUCAGCCUCGCACAUUCCAAUAGAGAGAGAGAGAGAGAGAGCGAGAGCGAGAGCGAGAAAAACACGAACAACGAAAUGGAUCACGAGGGCAAAGCGCAGACGUCGACGCAUCCGCUGCAGGAUGUGCCGUUGAAUGAGAGCAAUGAGAGUGAUUUGGACGCACAACAGACGCCAAAAAAUUGGGUUAAAUUCGACGAUGAGGCAACAGGCAGCAGCAGUGAAAAAAAUAAUAACAGUAACAGUAACAGUGGCGACAGCAACGCCACACAGCAAACGAAUCAACAACAACAAGAAAAACAACAGCAGCAAAACAAGUUAGCGCUGCCGCCACCGCCGCCGUCAGUAGUGAGCAGCAACAACAAGAGACGCGCGCGCUCGCGCAGUCCCAAUGACCAGUCCACAGCAGCAGCAGCAGUAGUUCCAGCACCUGUGCAGCGUGCAACUGUUUCCUCAACAAUAGCUGCCACAUCGUUGCCGGAUGUGACGCCGGCUGUUUUGACAACUGAGAGCACCCACGUUAAUCUGCAUGCAUCCGGCAGUGGCAGCAAUAUCAACAGCAAUGGCAACAGCAACAGCGGCGCAAGUCCGCCACGCCACCAACAGCAUCUAGUAAACCAAAAAGCCAAUGCAGCCUCUGCCUCAACAACAUCGGCUUCGUCCUCAACAGCUGCCGCAGCAGGAGCGGCGACUACUCAUCCCAACGGCAGCGGCACUUCCACCACCACCACGAACAACAAUAACAACAGCAAUAAAAGCAUCUCAAUUCCAGUGGAUCAGGCCUCUGGGAUGCGCACAAUUGAAUUGUCAACGGGCCGCAUACGUGAAGGUUUUGCUAAUGGCGAUGUUAUUGUGACACUGCUGCCUUGCAACACGAAAUGGCCUUGGAUCACUCCGGCCAUAUUUCGACCGGAGCUGGUGCCCGAGGAGCUAAUGGCUCAGGGCUUGACGCUCACUGUGGAGGACUAUGUGAAUGCAAUGGAGACGCUGGUCAAUGACUAUCGGUUCACCGUGUACAAUAUUUGCUAUAAGCGCAUCCUCGUCUGUUGGAUUCUGUUUGCAUUUGCCGUUUUGCUGGCAUUGCUCUUCUCUGGCCUGCAGGGCGUGGCACUGUUUGCAUUGGGUGUGGGCUGGCUUUUCCUCAAUGCGGCGGCCAUAUUUCUGUGCAUGUGGCUGAAGUUGCGACUGUCGCGCGGCCUGGAGAAGUGUCUGGCGCGUGUGAAUAGGCAACUGAUGCGCCACAAGAUUCUACUCGUUUUGGACGAUCGUGGUCGCAUCUCCUGUCACAAGGUCAGCUUGUGUUUCAUGUACUUCGAUGCCACACAGUGUGUGAGCUUUUUGAAUGAGUUCCUCGAGCACACCGAACAGAAUGGUGGCGAGGCCAUCAAGGCCGGCUGGGAGGCCAAGCUGGAUAUUGAUGUGAAUGAUAUUGUCAUACAGGGCAGCCAGCCGGUGCGUCUGUCCCGCAAGCAGGAGCGCGGCCUGCAACUGUUUCUGCGCUACGGCUCCCGUUGGGGCAUGGAGGCAUUGCGUGGCUUGGUCGAUGUGACGCCCUUGGAGCCGGGCCGGCAUUGUGGGCAAUUUCAAUGUCCUUGCCAGUACAUUAAGGAUCAUUUGCAGUGCAAACCACGAGUUACCAUAAACAGCGUAGGCCAGGUAGUUUGGGCACAUUAUUCUCCUUUCGGUGGCUAAUAAAUAUACAAAACAUUUAACUCGUGGAAUUUAAGAAAGAUAAACUCUUUUAAUACUUAGCUAUUUUGAUAUUAUACAAUUAUAAUGUAGUACUUUUUAUUUUCACUGAAUUUAAACGUUUUGGGCAAUACAAUUCGUUUUGUUUAUUUUGUCUAUUGUGAACUUUAUCUUUAUGCGUUUAUUCUGGGAUAAUUCUAAAUAAAUAUUUGAUUAAUGUUCA